CUUAAAGUUCGUAGCAAUGAAUUUGUCAUCUGUCAACAUAGGAGCAGUGCAGGCCUAAAUUUAAAACAUUCAUCCCCCCGUAAAUUUCGACAAAAUAACCAUAAAAAAAUAGUCUUGCUACUCGAAUCAGUGUGAAAUUCUGUCAGUCUUGCAGCAAAUAGCCCAGGUUAGCAGCAAUGGCCAGUUGCGAUGUUCAAGCUACUCCGUCCAACGAUAAAUCGAACAAUAUUACGGAUUGCUCAAAACAAGUCGAAACAACUCAAACAACAGACACACCUUUGCCAAAAGAUUCGCCCAUAGCCAAAGCAGAAACCACAAAUGAAGCAGCCAAUAUGAAUAAUGUGAAUGUCAAUCGUAAAGUUGAAACAUCUAGCGUUAAGAGCGGCAGCAAUAUGCCGCUGCCAACCAAAAUUCCGUGUCCCAUACAUGUAGGCAAUGGCUUUCAUAAUCGGAAAUACACGACACUGAUGAAGUCGCUGGAUAGAAAGAAGGUACUUGAUGACAGUUUCAGUAGUACCAGCACUCUGGUGAACACAACGGAGGAUUCAGGCGUUCACAUGGACUGCUCAACUGUAGAUGAUGAUAAUUCGAAUUGUCGCGAAUUAUCGAGUCUUCGGCCGAGCUGCUCAACGCCUCUGCAUGGGAACAGCACCGAGACCCUAGCGGCAACCGAUAGCUUUCUGCAACUGGAAAAGGACGAGCAGCAGACGCUCCUCGUGCUCCAACGUGCCGUCGCUGAGAUGGAGGCGGAUGUUGCAAUGCAUUCGGCGAAGCUUGAGAAGGAAAUCCAGCUUGAGGUUGACAAACGACCAGAAGUGAAAGAUGAGCAAGUAGACACAACUCCAUCAAAGAGUUCGUGUCCAUCAGGCUCAGGCGUCCAAGAGCGUAAGCACGUCCGUGUAGAACAACUUCUGGAGGCGGAGCACAACAUUGAAAUGUUGCACAAGCUUCUCCAACCUGGCAGUGAACUGGUCAAUAACGAUGCCAUUGACUUGCCACAAUCUGGCGACGAUCUAUCCGGAUCGGAGCUGAUUGCGGCAAGGGAUUUGGAUGCGACAGAGAGACAGACCAGAAAGGAAAUGGGUCUCGUCUACUCCCUGUUGCAUAUAUUUUGUGGCAAAAACAUUCGCAAACUGAGCUAUCCAAUACUAUUCUGUGGCAUGGCUGUCGGUUUGAUUUUUUACUUUCGUAAGGAUUAGGGCCACCAAGUAGGGCGAAUACCAUUACACUAAAUACCUUAAAAAUUACACAAGCAAUAAUGAAAAACUUUGCUAAUGUGCGGGCAAGCACAACAAAAUCGAAUUCAAAUUGAGUUCUCAAAAUUGCAUUUAUUUUAUAAUAAUUGAAAUAAGUCGGCUAUACUCAACAAAUAGCAAAUCUGUCCAGGACGAAAGAAAUCUUACAUAUUUAACUCAUCUUUGGAAUUUUGAAUAACACAAACUAAUGUGAACAACACCAAAAAUCAACAUAAUAUACACACAAAUACAUAAGCUUGCGUCAUUGUAAUAAAUAUUUCAAUCGCAACUAUAAA